AUGGAAUUCCCUCCUCCUCCUCCGCCGGAGAGAUCCAAACGCCUCCACAACUUCACCUUACCUUAUCUCCGAUGGGGUCAGCAGAGAUUCCUCAGGUGCGUCAAGCUCUCGCACCACCGAUCUCCUUCUUCCUUCCCUUCUUCUUCUUCAUCUCCUUCUCCCGAUCGCGCCGCUCUUAGAUCCCCCUCCGUCGCUGGAGGAGGAGUGGUAAUCUCCGGAGGAGAGUUCGCUCCCGGAGACGGCAAUCUCAGGCUCGAUCUCAAGGUCUCCGUUUUGGGAAAUGAAGCUAAAAACGGCGAUGCGGUCGCUGCUGCAGCAGCUCGGCCGUGGAAUCUGAGGACGAGGAGAGCUGCUUGCAACGAACCUGGGGACGAGCCGGCGAGGAUCGUCGAGUCUUCCUCUCUUCGGAGACAUGAAAUUGGCGUGAAGAGAGGCUGCGAAGUCGUUGGCGAUGGCGAUGGAGAUUCGCAGAAGAAUGCGAAAGUGAAAUUCUCUGUUCCUUUGUUGAGAGAAGAAAUCGAAGAGGAUUUCACAGCCCUAAUUGGGAAAAGACCUCCGAGAAGACCCAAGAAGAGACCAAGAAUGGUUCAGAAGCAAAUGAAUACUCUAUUUCCCGGAUUGUGGCUAGCAGAGGAAGUAACAGCAGAGUCAUACGACGUCCCUGAGGCUGCAGAAACAUGA